GCAAGGGGGCGGAGCGACGUCCCGAGGUUCCUCCAGCAGCGGGUCUUCAGGGCAAGGGACGGGCGGCGGCGGGGGCGGCGGCACGGCGAUGACGACGGCGAUGACGACGGCGAUGACGACGGCGGGCCUCACCUCCUCCACGCAGACGCUCGCCGUGACUUCGACGCCCCGCUCCCUCUCCCUGGCCUCCAUCUCCUCCGAGGGGAGCACCGACAGCCACCUGGUGGAGCAGGAGGACAUCGUCGCCCUCACCUCCGCCGUCAGGGCCUUCAAGGAGGCGCUGGGGAAGCUCAAACGUAUCUUCCACCCCGAGAGAGAUAAGAACGAGACCCUGCGCGUGGCUGCACACGAGCGCCUCGGAGAAGUCCUGAGGAUCCUGAGGUCGAUCCUCGAGAAGUACAGCCCCAUCCAGCACAAUGAGCUCCUGGCUGCUGCCUCCCACCUCAUCACUCACGUCAACGGCUUCAGCUAUGAGGACGAGAAGGCCGACCCCACUGCCUUCCUGGAGGCGAUCGACCAGCUGGCUCUGGCCUUCUCCAGCAGAGUGUCGGAGUACCUCAUGGGAGACAUCGACACCUCCUCCGCUUUCCUCAAUUGUUCGACAGCUUCUUCGCGCACCAAGUCCUGCGAAAACCUUGUGAGCAGCGAUGCGGAGAGCACCACAGGAGACCGAGGUGGAGGAGGAGGCGGAGGCGGAGGCGGCGGCGGAGGAGGAGGGGCCGGGAUGACGGGAGUCGGCCCCUUGGACACCUCGAAGGAACCCGAGGUCCUCACGCAGCAGCAGAUCGACGAGUACCUCUACAGACACGAACAGGGUGUUGACCACGCCCUCCACCGCGCCAAGGUGUGGAGCAAAUACGCUAAGGACGUGAUCUCCUACAUCGAGAAGCGCGCUCAGCUCGACAUGGAAUACGCCAGGAAUCUCACCAAGCUCGCUCACACCAUCAGACCCGCGCUCAAGGAGGAGAGCUUCCUGCCCUUCCAGUCGAUCUACUGCACCGCCCUGGACCAGGACAUCGAGAACUGCACCAACCUGAGCGCCACGUGCACGCUCCUGCAGACGCACAAGUUCAUAGAGCCGCUCACAGCCCGGCGAAACGACCACGAGAGAGCCAGAAAGGUAAUCAAGGACACCUGGCAUAAGGAACUCAAGAAGCUUACCGAAGCCGUCAACAACCUCAAGAAACACAAGAUUAUCUACGACCAGAGACAACAGGAGCUGGCCAAGGCGCGUGAGGCCGCCGCGCGAGCCGAGAACACGGAGAACCAAGACAAAAUCGAGAGAAAACGGGAUGAGGCCAUAUUCAAGGCCCGCGAGGCGGAAGCUACCUACAGGAGCUGUGUGGCGGAGGCGAACGACAGACACGCGGCUCUCCUGAAGGUGAAGCGGGAUGUCCUGAUGCAAACCCGGGAGCUGAUCCUGCAGUGCGACCAGACCAUGAAGGCGGUGACCGUCUGCUACUUCCAGCUGCAGCAUACCGUGGCAGCCCCGGCGCCCGUGCAGCUCCAGACCCUGUGCGAGAGCUCCCGGUUGUACGAGCCGGGGUCCCAGUACAUGGAGUUCGUGAAGAGACUGGGCCCCUCCCUCGGCCAGGACACCCCCGAGACGCCCUUCAGCUUCGAGUCCUACACCCCGGGGCAGCAGGACGCCCCUCACGACCACGCGACCAACGGCUCCGUUCCUGGGGCGGAUGACCUGCAGGUGGGCAGACUGGCGGGCCCCGGCGGCAGCGACACGGACAGCGUAGGCUCGUCGAAGUCUGCCAAGAGCGCUGAUGCUUCCCCUACGGCGUCGCCUCUCGCUACCGCCCGCCGCCCGCACGCCCUCUCGUCCGGGGAUGAGCUGGAGACCGACCCUGAUACAGCGGACACGCACUACCUGCGAGGGACGCGGCUUCAGGUGAUGAGCAAGGCCGCCGUUACCCACGCCUUCAGGAGGCUCAAGACCCCAUCCAGGUGCCGCGAGUGUGACUCCUACGUGUACUUCCAUGGCUACGAGUGCUAGGAUUGCAUGCUAGGGUGCCACAAGAAGUGCCUGGAAACCCUGGCGAUUCAGUGCGGCCACAAGAGACUGCCCCGGAAGAUGACGACCUUCGGCGUGGACUUGGCACAGCACCUGAGUGAGACCAACGCGCCCGUGCCGCACCUCGUCCUCAAGUGCAUUGCGGAGAUCGACGCCCAUGGGAUCAAGACCAAGGUGAGGGAAAGGGCGAUGAUCGAGGGUGAAGGGUUCAAGGGUGAGGGUGAAGGGUUCAAGGGUGAGGGUGAAGGGUUCAAGGGUGAAGGUUCAAGGGAGCGUGAUAAGGACUCUCACCCCGUCUGUGCCUCCCGCAGGAUCGCCAAGGAAGCGCCAGUCACAGCGGGAACGGAGGCUGGCCGGACUAUAGAGGAGUUACGAGAGCUGGUGCGGCGGUUACCACGACAUCAUCUGAACUGCCUGACGGUCCUCAUGCACCACCUGCACCGCGUCAGCAGCUUCCCUCACCUCAACAACAUGCCGUCCUCAAACCUCGGCAUCGUGUUUGGGCCGACGCUGCUACGCACGUCAGAAGGGUCGGCGUCGCUGAGUUCGCUGGUGGACACGGUGCACCAGACGCGCGCCAUCGAACUCCUCAUCACCUUCGCCCACGAGAUCUUCCCACAGAGCGAAAUCCUGCAGUCGAGAGAUCUGCAGGUGCCCUCGGGAGCAGCCUCGGCCAGGGAGCGACUCAACGAGGUGCUCAAGCAGCCCCUGCCUAGCCGCCAGACCUCCGUGCACACGAGCAGCAGCAGCAGCAGUAGCAGCAGCAGCGGGGUCAACGUGAGCGGGGUCUCGGGUCACAAGCGCGGCCGCGACGGAGGCGCCUCUGAGCUGGUGGGGGUGGUGGAGGACUCGCCCUCGCCAGCGCCCUCGCACGCCCUCAAGGACAGGAAGGACUCGGAAAACUUAGACGAGGACUGGGAGUGGGAGGGCGAGGAGUCGUCCACUGAGGCGGGCGGGAGCGAGCCGGCCACGCCCAGGCCGCCCGCAGCCGCCGCCCGCGCGCCCGCCAGCCACGCCAAGAUCUACAAGACGUCGCUCAAGGACUACGUGGGGCUCGAGGGGGUGGCCAUGCACGUGUCCACGGGUCUGCACACUGCACACGAGGCGGUGGAUGUUGUCCACCAGAAGCUACGCAAGACCGUGAGCGACAUUUCGUCCUCCCUGCGGCCGCCCUCCGCACAGGACCUCUCCCGGAGGGCCACUGUGGAGGACGUGCACAGACGGGGAGUGGGAGGAGGAGGAGGAGCAGGGCUCGGCGAAGAUGCGACCCGGAGACCCACCAUCACGCAGGAGACGUCAAGAAAACACGCGAGCGCAAUCGUGACCCUUUCCUCCGAGGAGCACUCCGGCAGAAGACAACCGGCGCCCGACGUCGAUCAGAGAAGACAGCACUCGACGGAGGAAUCGACGUCGACCAGGAAGGUCAUGCUGGAGGAGGUGGGCAGGAAGGCCACGCUGGAGGAGCGGCUCGGCUUCCAGGGGGAGGAGAGGCAGCGCGCCGGCCCCGUCACCUCCACCGCGUCACUCAGCAGAGCGCAGGCACUCUACAAGAGCGAGUCCAAGUCCAGUAUGAGUGAGACGGAACUCAAGGUGGAGGUGCGGACGAGUUCGGGCGUGACGAAGACGGAGUCCCGCGGGUCCCUGACGCUGGAGCAAGGGCGCGGCGGGCGUGGCGAGCUCCGGCGGGCGCAAGGUGUCGCCGCUGCUGGGCCAGCGCUCCAGCCACGCCCACCGCUCGGGGCUCGCCAGCGGCACCGACUCCUCCAUCGACUCCGACUACAGCUACGAGUACAGCCAGCCCAGCGCCGCCGGGGCCGCCCCGACGUGCCCCUCCGCCGCCCACGCCGCGGUGCUGUCGGCGCGCGGGCGGAACGAGGUCAUGGUGGGCGGGGCGUCGCGGGCCGUGUCGGUGUCCCGCGACCCGUCCCUGGACAACGUGACGUCAUCGGUGACCUCGUCUGACUCGUCCUCGCAGGAGCUGGAUUCCGCCCACGCCACCGAGGACUCCCACAGCUCGGAGGCGUACGACGAGACGGACGCCGCCCACGCACGCCCACUCGCCUACUCCUCCGGGUGUGGCGGCAGCAGCGGGGGCGAGAGCGGCUA